AUGAAGUCCAGACAAUCCGGGGGUGCCCCCGAACCUGCCACCCAGGCACCGGUACCUCCCUCUCGUCAGACAGCUCCCCCGCAAACGCCACAGAGCCAAAAUGCUCCGCUGCCUGUCCAGACGCCCACCUACCCCCCCGCUCCACCACCACCGCAGUCGUCGCCGCCCAAACCCACCCCGACCAAGUCGACCUUGAAGGCGCUCCCAACGGUCCGCGACCACACCACCGACCAGCUUGGGCCCGGCAAUGACGAGUACCUACCACGCGAAAUUGACGAGGCUGGCGAGAAGAAGGUUUUGCCAAACGGCCAGCUCACAGGCGGCCGCGAGUACCGUUGCCGUACCUUUUUCGUGCCGCACCGUGGCGAGAAGCUUUUCAUGCUUGCAACCGAGUGUGCCCGAGUGUUGGGAUAUAGAGACUCGUACCUGUUAUUUAACAAGAACAGGUCCUUGUACAAGAUCAUCGCCAGCCAGGAAGAAAAGGAUGAUUUGGUAAACCAGGAAAUUCUCCCCUUCUCCUACCGAUCGCGGCAAAUAGCCAUUGUUACGGCCAGGAGCAUGUUUCGACAGUUUGGGAGCAGGGUGAUCACGAAUGGCCGGAGGGUCCGUGAUGACUACUGGGAGAGCAAGGCUCGCAAACAGGGCUUCACCGAGGCUGACCCGGCAGGAGAGAAACGACCUGGUGCGUCCAAGGCUCGAGAAGCCGAGGCAAACCACACCGCAAGCAUGCUUGGAGCUCCUCACGGUGAAAUUGUCUACAGCACCAAUCCCGGCCAAUUUGGCGGUGGCCCUCAACCGCAACUCGUGCAACCAGAUUACAACAAUACUCACAGCAGAGACUAUUCGAACAUUCUCAAGACGGGACCACGACAGGAGAUUACCGGCCCAGCAUAUCAAGAUCGACUCCAACCCACGCCCAUCACAGAAUUGCACGCUCAAGCUCACCAUGCUGCAGAGUUUAACCGUUCAGUCAACUCGCAACGCGAUAUGCGGAAUGACUACAUGCAGAACAUUUGGAGACGACAGCACGACCAACCAACCACCACGACCCUGAGCCAGCCUGUUGGCACAAGCGAAGCACCUGCGUCGACCAGCCGCCCAGCCCCCUCAACGCACACCACCACACAGGGUAUCCCGCAGCCUGGCAUCAUCUCCAACCAAAGCCCCCAGUUGAUGAUGUCAGCUGCACCGUACUCGCAACCUGUGCAUGCUCCCACCUCUGUUGGACCUAGCGGCCCAGGUCGGGGGCUGGCACAGGACCCAUCCCAGAGCAGCUCCAGACCAACCUACCCACCAACCGGCUCCACGGGCACCUUGCCGCCAACCUCGCAGAACUACAGCUAUCCCCAGACCCAAAUGUGGCCACCAACGCCUCAGACGCCGCAGCAUGGCUAUUCGGCCUACACGGCUCAGUCUCAGCCGUCUCCCCACCCGCAGCAAUCCCCCGCUCCUCAGCUGCGACAUUCCAGCACAUCGAGCCAAGUGCAACAGCCUGGUGGCAUGUCGUAUCCAGGAAUGCCGGGCAUGAACCAAGGGUACAGCACCUCAGCCCAGGGGAUGUAUUCAGCUGAGCAGACGCCCCGGCAGUACAUGCACCAGAGCGCACCGCCACCCGCCGUCACGCAGGCGUGGUCUCAACAGCAAACACCUGCGCAGUGGUGGACAAACCAGCCGCAGUGA